GUCAUUUCACUUGUGCGAAGCAAUGUAAGGACUACGCGCCUGUUUGCCAUCGGCCUCGAAGAUGGCGCCAGCACCUCCCUUGUUACUGGCGUGGCUCGAGCCGGCGGUGGAAAAUCUGCAUUCGUGCGAAAUAAAGAUCGUCUACAGCCUGCUGUCCUGCAAAUACUGCAAUUGGCCCUGCAACCGUUUGCAACUGACGUUAAAUUGACGUGGUCCAUUACCGGGGAUGCUAAAGGGAAUGCCAUGCCUGUGGUAACGAUUCCUGCCCAACUCCCGAACUUAUAUUCGGGCAGUUAUGCAACUGUCGUCGGACUGAUUGAAAAUCCAAAGAAACUAAAGCUGGCUGGCACCGUUACCCUGAAAUACAGUGUAAAUGGUCAAAAGUACACUAACUCGGCGAAUGUUGCUGAGGCCGUGGUGUCGCAACAUGAGGAGUCCGGUGCGUUGAGCCUCCCCUUUCAUAGACAGGCAGCAAAAAUGCAGAUUUCCGAGCUGUCCGACAAGCAUGCGUCGUUUGUCAACGAACAGAAUGAUCAGAAGGAGGCAACGCGUGUCCAGAAACAGAUUGUCACACUGUCAACCGGCGCAAACAAUAUUCUCAUUUUAAGCAGCGUUCGAUGGUUAGAAGACGCAGUGAGUCCUAAGCGUUACAAGUCACGUUGCAAGAUCCUCAACUUUGGUGUUUCUAAUGAUUUUGAAUUUUAUUCUGUGUGCAUCAUUAAAGGAAAAAACGUCUGUAUGAUAGCGGCAACUUUUCAGGAUCUAACGGCUUGCUCUGGGCCUGUACAGUCACAACAACUUGCCUGCGAGACUGAGCAAGCGGGGGCACCAAAAGACAUUCUGUUAGCCGUUGCUGAGCUGCAGAACUUGACAGGUUUUUGGAAACUUGAGGCCGGAUUGGCUGACCUCCUUGACGGUCAACUAGAGGAGCUGAAGUCCAAGAAGCCACAAAAGUGUGAGUAUGAAAACUUCAAUCUUCUUCACCUUAAUUUACUCUCAAUGCUUGCAUUUUAA